AUGUUUAUGCCAAAGACUCAAGUAGAUACGAGUCUUUCCACCCUGCAUUUGUCGAACGUAAACGAUCUGCGAAAGGAUAUUUCAACAAGCUUCUUCGAUCAGUGGAUCACAAACCCUACCCUAUCUGUAACAUCAUUCUUUGUCAUCAGUGCCACUGUUAGCUCGUAUGGAUGGUUUCUGAAGUGGAAUGUAGCAGAAGAACAGGAACGAAGACAAAUUUACACCGUGAAAUAUUGGCUGAAAUUCUAUAUUCAUCGGAUGAUUCGUCUUUUGCCCGCAUACUUCUACACGCUUAUAACCGUAACGUAUAAGUCAACAAAUCAUUCGUAUAGUUCAGCAUGGCCUCAGACUGAUCCAUACGUACAAUGUCGAAAGCAUUGGUUGGAACAUUUACUGCUACUGAAUUGUUUUGGUAAAGCGACGUGUCUUGGAUGGACUUGGUAUGUCAGCGCAGAAUUUUUCUGCUAUUUAGCAUCACCGAUAUUUUUGAUCACUUUGGCGAUCAAUUCAUGGAUCGGGAUCGCCGUAUCGAUCUUCACAAUCGGUUGCUCAAGUGUGUAUGCAGCAUUUUUAAUAUUUCGAGACAACUUGCCACCAGUUCCUUUAAUUUGGUCCAUACAAUACGGCUAUGAUAUCGAAUAUUAUCAUCAUGUGACCAGUGUAUAUAUACGACCUGAACAACAUAUCAGUGCUUAUGUUAUCGGUUUACUGCUCGGCUACCUUUUGACCACACUGAAAAGAGAGUCUCAACGGAAUACUUCACUAAACACCCGUGUUUGGUUGGGAUGGCUAAUAGCGUCAAGCUUUGGUUUCAUCUCGUUAUUUGGGCUUUAUCCGGUUAUACAGAAACUUCCCAACGUGCAUAUUUCCAGUGAAAAGUUUCAGGCUUAUUUGGUUCAUAUGGUGCACAUAGCGAGUGUACUUCAAGGUCAACGAUUUCCACUGGUCUAUCGCGGUCGUUAUCAAAUUUUUGCAUAUGUUUCGAAAACAGUUUUGCUCAGCUACUUUUUUGCUUUAUUCGCAGCAUUUAUUGCUGAAUAUCCAGCAAUGAACCUGGAACGUAUCAUAUUCUCGAAGAAAUCAAUCCCGAAUGGUCGCAUGCCAAAUGAAGACACCAAAAAACUGAUGCAUUACGGGCACAAAACUGAUCUUGUUGCGAAUGAUCAACAGAACGUGAAUGAAAUGAUCAACCGACGAUGA